GCGCACUACCGAGUUCGCAGGAACUUCUGCUAGACUCCAGCCCGGCCUAACCCGGCCCUGCCCGACCGCACCCGAGCUCAGUGUUUGCUCGGAGUCCGCCCGGCCAGCUAUGGGAGCCCGGUGCCGCAGCUUCUCCGCGCUCCUGUUCCUGCUGCUCCUGCAGGUCUCCUCAUGGCUUUGCCAGGAGUCGAAGCCGGAGCCUGAGCCCUGCAGCCCCGGCUUCAGUUCUGAGGUCUACACCUUCCUGGUGCCGGAGGGACACCUGGAGAGAGGCCACGUCCUGGGCAUAGUGAGAUUUGAAGGAUGCACCGGCCGACCAAGGACAGCCUUCUUCUCGGAAGACUCCCGAUUCAAAGUGGCAACAGACGGUACCAUCACAGUCAAGCGGCAUCUGAAGCUCCAUAAACUAGAGACCAGUUUCCUCAUCCACGCCUGGGACUCUAGUCACAGGAAGCUGUCUACCAAAGUGACGCUGAAGUCCAUGGGGCACCACCACCACCACCGGCACCACCACCACGACCCCGUCUCUGAAUCCAACCCAGAGCUGCUCACCUUUCCCAUCGCCUAUUCGGGUCUCAGAAGACAGAAACGAGACUGGGUCAUCCCUCCCAUCAACUGCCCUGAAAAUGAAAAGGGCCAGUUCCCGAAGGACCUGGUUCAGAUCAAAUCCAACAGGGACAAAGAAACAAAGGUUUUCUACAGCAUCACCGGCCAAGGAGCUGACAAACCCCCCGUUGGUGUUUUCAUCAUUGAGAGGGAGACAGGCUGGCUGAAAGUGACGCAGCCUCUGGAUAGAGAAGCCAUUGCCAAGUACAUCCUAUAUUCUCAUGCUGUGUCUUCCAAUGGGGACGCAGUGGAGGAUCCCAUGGAGAUAGUGAUCACAGUGACAGAUCAGAAUGACAACAGGCCAGAGUUUAUCCAAGAGGUCUUUCAGGGAUUCGUUGCAGAAGGUGCUCUUCCAGGAACCUCCGUGAUGCAGGUCUCAGCCACCGAUGCAGACGAUGAUGUCAACACCUACAACGCUGCCAUCGCCUACACCAUCAUCAGCCAGGAUCCUGAGCUGCCUCACAAAAACAUGUUCACUGUCAACAGGGACACCGGGGUCAUCAGUGUGGUCACCUCUGGGCUGGACCGAGAGAGUUACCCUACAUACACUCUGGUGGUUCAGGCUGCUGACCUUCAAGGCGAAGGCUUGAGUACAACAGCCAAGGCUGUGAUCACUGUCAAGGAUAUUAAUGACAACGCUCCCGUCUUCAACCCAAGCACGUACCAGGGUCAAGUGCCUGAGAAUGAGGUCAAUGCCCAUAUUGUCACACUCAAAGUGACUGACGAUGACGUCCCCAAUACUCCGGCGUGGAAUGCUGUGUACACCAUAGUCAACGAUCCUGACCAGCAGUUCGUUGUCAUCACAGACCCCAACACCAAUGAUGGCAUUUUGAAAACGGCCAAGGGCUUGGAUUUUGAGGCCAAGCAGCAGUACAUCCUGCACGUGAGAGUGGAGAACGAGGAGCCCUUUGAGGGGUCUCUUGUCCCUUCCACAGCCACUGUCACCGUGGACGUGAUAGAUGUGAAUGAAGCCCCCAUCUUUAUGCCUGCGGAGAAGAGAAUCGAAGUGCCUGAAGACCUUGGUGUGGGUCAGGAAAUCACAUAUUAUACCGCUCGAGAGCCGGACACGUUCAUGAAUCAGAAGAUCACGUAUCGGGUUUGGAGGGACACUGCCAACUGGCUGGAGAUUAAUCCAGAGACCGGUGCCAUUUUUACACGCGCUGAGAUGGACAGAGAAGAUGCGGAGCAUGUGAAGAACAGCACGUAUAUAGCGCUCAUCAUCGCCACGGAUGAUGGUUCACCCAUUGCCACCGGCACAGGGACUCUUCUCCUGGUCCUUUCAGACAUCAAUGACAACGCUCCCAUCCCAGAGCCUCGAAACAUGCAGUUCUGCCAGAGGAACCCACAGCCCCAUAUCAUCACCAUCUUGGAUCCAGACCUUCCCCCCAACACGUCCCCCUUCACUGCUGAGCUAACCCACGGGGCCAGCGUCAACUGGACCAUUGAGUAUAAUGACGCAGCACAAGAAUCUCUCAUUUUGCAACCGAGAAAAGACUUAGAGAUUGGCGAAUACAAAAUCAAUCUCAAGCUCGCGGAUAACCAGAACAAAGACCAGGUGACCACAUUGGACGUCCAUGUGUGUGACUGUGAAGGGACGGUCAACAACUGCAUGAAGGCGGGAUACGUGGAAGCAGGAUUGCAAGUUCCUGCCAUCCUUGGAAUCCUUGGAGGGAUUCUGGCCCUGCUGAUUCUGAUCCUGCUGCUCCUACUGUUUCUACGGAGGAGAACGGUGGUCAAAGAGCCGCUGCUGCCGCCCGACGAUGAUACCCGGGACAAUGUGUAUUACUAUGAUGAAGAAGGGGGUGGGGAAGAAGACCAGGACUUUGACUUGAGCCAGCUGCACAGGGGCUUGGAUGCCCGACCGGAAGUGACCCGAAACGAUGUGGCUCCCACCCUCAUGAGCGUGCCCCAGUAUCGUCCCCGUCCUGCCAAUCCUGAUGAAAUCGGGAACUUCAUCGAUGAAAACCUGAAGGCAGCCGACAGCGACCCCACGGCACCCCCUUACGACUCUCUGUUGGUGUUCGACUACGAGGGGAGUGGUUCUGAAGCCGCUAGCCUGAGCUCCCUGAACUCCUCUGAGUCGGAUCAGGACCAGGACUACGAUUAUCUGAACGAGUGGGGCAACCGAUUCAAGAAGCUGGCGGACAUGUACGGCGGUGGCGAGGAUGACUAGGGGACUAGCAAGUCUUCCCCCGUGUGGCACUGUGGGAGAUACAGAAUAAUGAUAUCAGUGGUCUUUCAGCUCCUUCCCUGAGUGUGUAGAAGAGAGACUGGUCUGAGAAGUGUGCAGAUUGCAUAGUGGUCUCACUCUCCCUGCUGGACUGUCUGUGUUACGGUGGUUUUCACUGAUUGUUGAAAUCUUUUUUUUACUUUUACAGUGCUGGCAUAUGAACUAUGCCUUUUUUGUUUUGUUUUGUUUUUGUUUUUGUUCUUUUGAGCUAUGAUCUGCCCCAGACACACAGCCCAAGCCCUUCACACCUCACUAAUUUUUUACAUUGUGUACGUUCCCUCAAUCACCAUGUUUGCGUUCUGUAUUCUAAUAGCCACUCAUGUUCCUGAAUUCUCUUGCCCUGCCCAGGUGAUAUUCUAGGAUGCAGAAAUGCCUGGGCCCUUUUGUGGUGAGAGACAGGUAUCUCGGUGUGGGUGCAACUGCACUGGAUAGUGUGUGAUCCCAAGACCUUUCCUGGUGUUCCCUCUCCACCCCCAGAGAACUCACUUGGCAGUGGCAUUCCUUGUUCGGCUGUGUGUCUGGGGCAGAACAAAAAAAAAAAAAAAAAAAAAAGGGACCACUAUGCAUGCUGCACACGUCUCAGAUUCUAAGGUACACACCUGAUUCUUAGGUGCAUGCCAUAGUGGAAUAUAUUGCUUUGAUCGGAAGCUGCUGGGAGGUUUUCUGCACCGCUUUGGUUUCUUGCGUUUUUUUCAAGCCAACACUAAAGAAUGAUUGUUCUCUGAGAGAGACCGGAGUACCGGAGUACCACCACCAAAGACGGAGGAGAGACAACGAGAGAAACCAAACUUGGGGACAGCAGCAUGUCAGUGAACCCAGCCAGUUGGCAUACCGAUGGUGAAGGGUACACAGGUGGCUAGACCUAUCCCACAAAAUUUCUGGAAGAAUAGGGGUAUCUCAACUAGUGUUUUCUGGCUGGAAUCUUUGUCCAUGUAUUCCUGAAGCCCAGGAAAUACACCCCUCCAGUGCCUGCUCUUGAUGGUAACUACAGAAAAUGCUGGCUGAUUUAGACCCAAGUUGCCCAAUUCUGAGUAGAAAACUGAGAAUAUGCUGGGUGUGGUGGCGCACACCUUUAGCUCUCAGGAGGCAGAGGCAGUAGUUCAAGCCCAGCCUGGUAUAUAUAAGCGAAUUCUAGGACAGCCAGGGCUACACAGAGAAACCCUGUCUCUGGAAAACCAAAAGACUGAGAAUAUUACAAAUUGUGUAUUUUCUCAGGAAGCAGGAAGAAAACACCCUUUUAAUGGGGAAAAAGGAGACAAGACCCUUGAGACUUUUCUUUUCAUUCAAAAUGCAAGUCUCAGCUUUUUAAUAACCACUGGAAAGAAUUUAAUGAAAGUGCUGUACUUACCUAACUUUGGAAGAAAAUGAUGACCCGCAGUCAACUGUGAGAACUGUUGAUUUCUCUGUAGUUUAAUCAUGUAAUGUUGAUAGAGUGUCCUUUGUACGUAGUUUUGAGUGUGUGUGUGUGGGUGCUGAUAAUUUUGUAUUUUGUGGGGGGUGGAAAAGGUAAGCCAUUGAAACCGUUCUCUAAGAUGCAUUUUUAUGAAUUUUAUUAAAGAGUUUUGUUAAACUGU